GGUAGCAAGUUUUAAGAAAACCAAUGAAAAUACACCACAUCGGGGACAGGAAGAGAAAAAAGGAUUCUACUCAGAUGAAUGGGUGGUUUAGAUUCAUCAUUAAUCACAAUGCACACACUGUUGGCCUCAAUCAGGCUGUACACCAUAAGACGUGUCUGUGCAUGUCCUAAUGUGAGGCUAUUUCUCGGAAACUUUUCAGCGAGCUGUUGGCGGUUUGAAAUAUUAAAGUAUCUCUAUUAAGAGGAGGAGGUGUGAUUAUGAUACAGCCACACACACAGAUAAACACGUAUUAAAAUAACCCGCCGUCACUUCUUCUUCCUGCGAAUCUUCCUACACUUACCAAUAAAUAUCCAAGCACUGAUGAACUUUUUGUUGCAGCCUGAUCAGCGAAUCGGACCACCGGUCAAAAUGUCUCUGAAGAUCCUCUCCAUCACUCUCCUCCUGCUCUCAAUGUGUGUGUGCUGCCACUCCUCUGAAGCUCAUCGUCAUCCUUCAGUAAAGCGACCAUGCUGCACUGCCGUCACCAAACCCAAUUUGAGCACUGAGGUGGUGGGGGAAACGUAUCGUGAGCAGGCUGCAAGAGGAGACUGUGUGAAGGCUAUACUUUUCAACACAAAAAAAGGACCGCUUUGUGCUGAUCCAAACGCUCAGUGGGUCAAGGAUCUCAUUGCCAGAAUGACAAAGAUGAAGCAGUGAAGCACAAAGCCUGUGUUGAAGCAUUGCUAUCUGUCUGCUACAUCAGUAUUUCCACCAUCUUUAAAGGCAAUAAUUGGAUAAUCUGGCUUUGUGUCUUUUUUCUUGAUCAUAUAUGAAUUGUGUUUACACAAAGCACAUUUUGGCUUUGGAAAAAAAAAACAUAAAAAUAAACCUUUGUAUUAUAACA